GUUAUCUCCCCCGGCGUUGUUUCUAUUCGCCUCAUCCAUCGGGUUACGAUGUCCCGAAGCAUCAGCGGCUGAUUAAAGAGCCGAGACGCUUCCCCAACCUCUAUCUCCGGCCCCGGUUCUAUGCGGCUCAGCAGAUUUUUUGAAUUUUUUUUUGCUGAGUCACCUUUCAUGUCACAAACAGGAAAAAAAUCCAGCGCACACACACACACCUCCAAGACAGCCAGCCACCUCCACUGAAGUCUUCCAACUCUCAAGAGAACUGACAGUGUGAGUUUUGCUCUCCAUGGGUCUGAGCCCCGUCGGAGGAGCCCCCGCCGCCGCAGAGUCCCGCCGCAGCCCUCCACCUCAGGCUACCAGGCAGCGGACAGAGCUUUCCUCUCCCGCGGGGAGGCGGACAUCAUGGAGGGCUCCUCGUCCAAAGCCGAGGACUCCAGCACUCGAGACGAUGUGCCUCCCCUCGCUGUGAAGGGUGUCAAUGUGCUGCUUGAAAGAAAAAGGUCAGAUGGCGUCAUCAGCCCGUCUAGAGACGACGACUCCACGCUGCUGAACCAAGGAACCAACAGCAGCGUCCUCGACGACAACACCAAAUCGGACGUCCAGGAGGGGAGGAGCAAGUCCAGAGGCCUGUGCUUCAGCGAUGGGAAGAGUCGCAUUGACUACAUCCUGGUUUACAGGAAGUCCAGCUCGCAGUCAGAGAAGAGGGAGAUAUUUGAGCGGAACAUCCGUGCCGAGGGCUUACAGAUGGAAAAGGAGGGAUCUUUGACAAACAGCGACGUGAUUUUCCUGAAGCUUCAUGCGCCAUGGGACGUCCUCUGUCGCUACGCAGAGCUCAUGAACAUCCGCAUGCCCUUCAGGAGGAAAAUCUUUUACACGCAGCGACGGCACAAGUUCAUGAGCAGGAUGGAGAAGCGCAUCAGCAAGUUCCGCGGCUGGCUGCCCCGCAAGCCCAUGAAGUUUGACAACGACGCUCUGGCCGACCUGGAGGAGAACGAGAGCUUUACCGCCCCCUUCAGUCGAUCACGGAUACACCAUUUCAUCAUCCACAACAAAGACACUUUUUUCAGCAACGCCACCAGAAGUCGCAUCGUCCACCACAUCCUGCAGCGGGUCAAAUAUGAGGAGGGUAAAAAUAAGAUGGGACUGAAUCGUCUUUUGAGCAAUAGUUCGUACGAGGCAGCUUUCCCUCUUCACGAGGGGAGCUACCACAGCAAAAACUCCAUCAGAACACACGGAGCAGAGAACCACCGGCACCUGCUGUACGAAUGUUGGGCCUGGUGGGGCGUUUGGUACAAGUACCAGCCGCUGGACCUCAUUAGGAGGUAUUUUGGGGAGAAGAUCGGCCUGUACUUCGCCUGGCUCGGCUGGUACACAGGGAUGCUGUUCCCUGCCGCUCUGGUGGGCCUCUUGGUAUUCCUGUAUGGCCUCUUCACUCUGGAGCACUGCCAGGUCAGUAAAGAAAUCUGCCAGGCUACUGACAUCAUCAUGUGCCCCAUCUGUGACCAGUACUGCCCUCACCUGAGACUGUCAGACAGCUGCAUCUACGCCAAGGUCACCCAUCUCUUUGACAACGGAGCAACCGUUUUCUUCGCCGUGUUCAUGGCUGUUUGGGCCACGGUCUUCCUGGAGUUCUGGAAACGGCGCAGGGCCGUCCUCGCAUACGACUGGGACCUCAUCGACUGGGAGGAGGAGGAGGACGAGUUACGCCCCCAGUUUGAGGCCAAAUACUCCAAAAAGGAGAGGAUGAACCCCAUAUCUGGAAAGCCUGAACCUCACCAGGCCUUCAGCGACAAAUACAGUCGCCUCAUCGUCUCAGCAUCCGGGAUCUUCUUCAUGAUUCUGGUGGUGAUUGCCGCGGUGUUCGGCAUCGUGAUAUACCGCGUCAUCACCGUCAGCACCUUCGCCGCGUUCGACUGGGCCCUCAUCAGGAACAACUCUCAGGUGGCGACCACGGGAACGGCAGUGUGCAUCAACUUCUGCAUGAUCAUGCUCCUCAACGUGCUCUAUGAAAAGGUUGCUCUUCUCCUCACUAAUUUAGAACAGCCAAGGACAGAGUCAGAGUGGGAGAACAGCUUCACCCUCAAGAUGUUCCUUUUUCAGUUCGUUAACCUCAACAGUUCCACUUUCUACAUCGCCUUCUUCUUGGGAAGAUUUACAGGCCGGCCUGGUGCUUAUCUACGCCUCAUCAAUCGCUGGAAACUGGAAGAAUGCCACCCCAGUGGCUGUCUCAUUGACCUCUGUAUGCAGAUGGGGAUCAUCAUGGUGCUAAAACAGACCUGGAACAAUUUCAUGGAGCUUGGCUACCCGCUGAUCCAGAACUGGUGGACACGGCGGAGGCUGCGCAGAGAACACGGACAGAAAGCCAAGGCCAGCUUCCCGCAGUGGGAGAGGGAUUACAACCUGCAGCCAAUGAAUGCCUACGGACUCUUUGACGAAUACUUAGAAAUGAUCCUACAGUUUGGCUUCACCACCAUCUUUGUGGCAGCCUUCCCUCUGGCCCCUCUGUUAGCGCUGCUGAACAACGUCAUCGAGAUUCGCUUAGACGCCUACAAGUUCGUCACACAGUGGCGGCGACCUCUGCCCUCACAAGCCAAAGACAUAGGGAUCUGGUACGGCAUUCUGGAGGGCAUCGGCAUCUUGUCUGUCAUCACCAACGCCUUUGUCAUCGCUGUCACCUCAGACUUUAUCCCUCGCCUUGUUUACGCCUACAAGUAUGGACCUUGUGCUGGUCAGGGCCGAGCAGGGCAGGGGUGUAUGAUUGGUUACGUCAACGCCAGUCUCUCCGUGUUUCGGGUAUCUGACUUUGAGGAGAGAUCACAGUCGAUGACUAAUGGCUCCGAGCUGUUUGGAGAAGCUGUAAAGUAUUGUAGGUACCGGGACUACAGGGAGCCUCCAGACUCGGCUGAGCCCUACUCGUACACGCUGCAGUUCUGGCACGUCCUGGCAGCUCGGCUAGCAUUCAUCAUCGUGUUUGAGCAUAUGGUCUUUGCCAUCAAGACCCUGAUCGCGUACCUGAUCCCCGACCUCCCCAAGGACCUGCGGGACAGAAUGCGCAGAGAGAAAUACCUGAUCCAGGAGAUGAUGUAUGAGGCCGAGCUGGAGAGACUACAGAGGGAGAGAAAUGAGAAGAAGAAGAAAGACAGGGCCCAUCACAAGGAAUGGCCCUGAAAGGCACCAAAUGGUUAUCUUCUGGUGUUGGCCUGCUCACUGCACAGUGGAGGAACGAGAGGAGCGCUGGGUUUCCUGCAUGAUACUGGACCCUUGUACCUUCCUUCUGCCGUGUCAGACCAGCACCUCCUAGCGCACAGUUGAUGAACUGCAUCCAGCAGGGCCACCCAGUGACCACAGGGCCCGCAAGGUGUCAGCAUUCAUUACGGAUGUCCCCUUGAACUUUGUGGCAGUGGUUUUUGCUACAUUUUUCUUUUCUUUUUUUCUCCUUGGUAGUUUCUACCACUUUGGACUCUCAACAGCGUACGUCUUCAGACCCUGAAUGUAGAUUUCAAGCAAGACUACAUGUUUACAGAUGUCUCGUUCUGGGCGAGAGAAAUGACUCUACUGGGCUUACUGAAUGACAAACCCUGUGCACGUGUGUCCUUGUUUGAGGAGUUCACGUGUCGGUUUAUUGUAAAUAAUGAUAUUUAAAUGAAUGUCAGGCCAUCUGCUGCGCUAUAGUGUGAUGCAAUAAAACAGUAGAGAAUGCAGGUGGGAUUGCUGGCAGCGGAAAAUCUGAUUGAUGGACAGUCGGGAGCUGAACUGCAUCGCUUUGUGUAGCCUGUAGCAGGGAGCUGAACAGCAUCGCUUGAUAAAUGGCAGCUAGACUGCACUGCUGGCUUAACUGUGUAUGAAGAAGCGGCUGUAUGAACAGUCGGAAUAUUAGAAAAUGUGAGCAAUGAAGUGUAUUUUUGGAAUAAGUGUAAACCAUCAGUUGAGGUCUAAACCGUAUGAGCACUAGCAGGAAAAAGUUAGCGACAUUUUUAUUUUUAACGUUUUUUUUUAGCUCUCAGGAAGCCUUUUAAGGGCUUUUGUUUUGAAAAUCUCUCAGCUUACUUGAGGAUCCCCUCAUAAACUCCUGUUUCCAACUGGAGACUUUUAUUUAGAAAGUCCUGCAUACUCCAGAGCCUCCUGGAGAAACUUCCCCUCUCCCUGUAUGUGGACACAAAACGUUGAAGCGGUUCUCACUAAAGUUAUAGUAUUUUAUUUGUCUUUAGGAAGUCUUAAAGUCGAAGUCACGUGGUCAAAUCUCGUGUAACGUGAGCUAAGAAUCCACCGGUGAGCCGCCACAGAGGUCAGAGCAGAGGUCUAAUUGGCAAAUCUCAAUCAGCGGUGAGUCCCCCACCUGCAAUUAAAGGUUGCCAUGGGGAUGUGUGUAUCGUGAGAGGACGAGAAGGUUAAA